AUGGAAGCUCCCUUCGCUAUACCUAACAGCUUGGCGCAGCGCGUGCGCUGCGAUUUUUCAUUUUGAGGUCGCGAGUUCGAUGCCCGCAAUCGUCAGUUUUUUGUUUUCUGGAAAAUACCGACUUUUUCGGCAAACUAGCUGAUGAGCAUCAUUUUAGCACUCUAUUAUGAUUUGUUACAUCAUAAUAGUCCAGUAUCAAAACUUGUUCUAGAAGAAAAAAAUCGAGAAAAAAAUGUCAAAAAAAUGGAUAAUACCAAAAUUUUCAGUACUAAAAAAAUGGUGCGCGGCGCGCCACAUUUUUUUCGUCAUAACUUUUUUUCAUCCGCAAUCUUUUUUUCGAAAAAAACUAAACGGUUCUGAGUUUUGAAUCGGAACAGCUAUCAAACCAUACAAAGAUCAAUGCUGAAAAAAUUUUUUUGAAAAAUUCGUCUGCGGUCCCGAAAUAUGCUUUUCGAAUGAAGAUUUUUUAGACUUCUAACCCAAAAAAACACAUCAUAAAGUGAUAGUUUUAUUUUUUUAAGGAUUUUUUUCGCUACUACUCAAAGAAAAAACCAAUCUUGAAGCUAUACAACUCCAAAAACAAGGAAACGCAUGGGGAAUAUACGAAAAACUGAAAGGAAAGGGCUGAACCAGUUACGGCGUAAGUGGGGAACAAAUUUUGCGGCGAGGCUGUCAACAAUUUACGCUCGGUCGACAGCAUUUACGGCCCGUAAAUCGAUAUGUGCACCCUCUCCCUCUCACGGCACAUUUACAUCAUUCGAUUGGACGGCCGUUCUUUGAGAGAAAAAAAACUCGCGAUCCGUUCGAACUGAAACUCAAAAAUUACAGAUCAACUUCUUCCCGGGAAAUCCCGUCACACUUCCUGUUACUGUUAAAUUUCGGGAGCUUACUCCAGGUAUUUUGAUAUAAAAAUAAUAUCAAAAAAUAAAUUAUCUUCCAGAACCGACAUCAGUUUUCGCCUCCUUACCUUAUAUCGACAUACGGCUUCCCUCCGACUUCUUCUAUCCAUUUGUUCAUUCUUCCGGCGAGAACGGAAAAAUAUAUCAUUUGAUCAUUAUCGCAAUGAUCUCCGCGAUUUUAUAA